GUUUACAGAGACUUGUGGUUUGCCUAUCAAAUUAUAUAUUGAACAAACUAAACCUCGCGUCUCUCUCUCUCACUCCCGCGUGGGCACAACACCAUCUGAGAGAAGCUUCAGAAAAUCAACAAACCACAGGUGCGAAGACGUUAAUUUGCAAAGAUGGUUAUGUCUGAGGAGGAAAUUACGCGGCUUCAUCGAAUUCGGAAGACGGUGAUGCAGAUGCUGAAGGAUAGAGGUUACAUGGUGGGUGCAUUUGAGAUUGACAUGCCGAAGCAUCAGUUCAUUCAGAAGUAUGGUGAGAAUAUGAAGAGAGAGGACCUUGUUAUUCAGAAAGGCAUGGGCGGUAACAGCUCUGAUCAGAUAUACGUAUUCUUUCCUGAGGAACAGAAGGUUGGUGUUAAGACCAUGAAGACUUAUACCAAUCGCAUGAAAGAAGAGGGUGUUCAUCGGGCAAUCUUAGUGGUCCAGCAGAAUUUAACUCCAUUUGCUCGAACCUGCAUUAGUGAAAUAUCUACUAAAUUCCACUUGGAAGUUUUCCAGGAGGCUGAGUUGUUAGUCAACAUAAAAGAGCAUGUUCUUGUUCCCCAGCAUCAGGUGCUUACUCCUGAAGAAAAGAAGACUUUGCUGGAAAGAUACACUGUGAAAGAAACACAGCUUCCCCGUAUCCAGAUAACCGACCCGAUCGCGAGAUACUAUGGUCUAAAGCGCGGACAAGUAGUAAAAAUUAUCCGACCAAGUGAGACUGCGGGACGCUAUGUCACAUACCGAUACGUGGUUUAAACUUUUAAAGCUCUGUAUUAGUUGUCAGACAAAAAGUUUAAAGGGGUGAGGAAUAGGUAAAGGUCUCGAAUGCCUGAAAAACUCGGCAACUCUAUCUUGUGUAUUGAUUGGAUGCCAUACACUUCUUAGUGAUUUUCUUUGAGUGCUAAUGUAAUGCCACAUUAAUCUGCUUCUGUACCUGUUUGUGCCUUUACAGUUUCACUUGUAUGGUGAUCUUUUUAUCGAGUAUUUGAGCACU